GAGAACAAGAUCAUAGCAACGCUUAUGUUACCUGCAGUGUUCAGCAUGAGCUUUAAAUGAACUGGAUCUUAUAAAUGUAAGCCACCUGAUUGUGUUGUGUACUGGUCUGUGGCUCUACCAGUGGACUGAUUUCAUUCCUCUUCUGUUGUUAAUGUUGGUGUAGUGUUGCCAAGCUUUUCCUGUAGCAUGUCUGUUUCAGUGAUUAUUAAGUGGGGAGGACAGGAGUACUCCAUUAGCACUCUGUCUGAGGAGGACACGGUUUUGGAUCUGAAACAGUCCAUUAAAUCUCUCACAGGAGUUCUCCCUGAACGACAGAAGCUCUUGGGGUUGAAAGUGAAAGGUAAACCAGCAGAUGAUGAUGUCAAGCUUGGUGACUUGAAGUUGAAGCCUAAAACCAAAAUAAUGAUGAUGGGCACUAGAGAGGAAUGUCUGGAAGAUGUUCUGGCCCCUCCUCCUGAAAACGAUGACGUUGUUAAUGACUUUGACAUCGAAGAAGAAGUGACUGAGGUUGAAAACAGAGAGGAGAAUUUGGCCAAGAUAGCUCGUCGGGUGAAAGAUUACAAAGUUGACGAGUUAAAUCCUCCAAGACCAGGAAAAAACCUCCUUGUGUUAGAUAUUGACUAUACACUCUUUGAUCACAAGUCAUGUGCAGAGACUGGCCAGGAGCUGAUGCGUCCAUAUUUACAUGAGUUUCUUACAUCAGCUUAUGAGGAUUACGAUAUUGUCAUCUGGUCUGCUACAAGUAUGAAGUGGAUUGAUGCUAAAAUGAAAGAACUUGGGGUGUUGGACAACCCAAACUACAAGAUCACCUUCAUGCUGGACAGUGCAGCCAUGAUCACUGUGCACACGCCUAAAAGAGGAGUUGUAGAGGUGAAGCCUUUGGGAGUAAUAUGGGGUAAAUACGGUGAGUUCUACAACAGAAAAAACACAAUUAUGUUUGACGACAUCGGAAGAAACUUCCUCAUGAAUCCACAGAAUGGACUGAAGAUUAGACCUUUCAUGAAGGCUCACUUAAACCGUGAGAAAGAUAAAGAACUGUACAAGUUGUCUCUUUAUCUGAAGGAGAUCGCCAAACUGGACGACUUCUCAGGUCUCAACCACAAGCACUGGGAAAGGUACCUCUCAAAGAAACAGAGUCAAUAACACGUUCAGCAUUGUGGGGAAGCAAUGAUCAUUCAUCUAGAACAGAACUGGUUCUGAAAAACAGCUAUCGGAACACCGAUCAGCUUCUCUUUCUUCGUAUAUUGCAACGCUCAUUGUAGUGUGUCAUUACUGGAGAAAAAGAUAUAUCCUCCUUCAAUGAAAAGUAUUCAAAUAAUUGCAUCAACUGCAGCUAAAGCAAGCAUGGUGGUCCUGUUACCUCACAUCCUGCCUGGCACAUUCUACUUCCUUUAUCAACCAUGUUCAGUUGGUAAUAUGGAAUCUGUCCUGUUAUUAUGUGGUUUAAAGAAAAUGUAGAUGUGUAUUAACUUUUUUCAAACUUUUAUUGCAUUUUGUCAUGGAAAGAAGAGGAUGUAUAGUGACUUGAAUAAGCGUCACUUGUUUUGUCAUUUAACAACUGAACAUCCUUUCAGUUUUUGUUACAUACAGUAUAUCAUAGAAGUGAUGAUGAGGUUUGAAUGGUACUCCUGACUGUAACGUGUAAUUGAUCAAUGUUUUGCAAAGAGAUGUAGUUAUUUCAAACAGCACAUAAGAGGUCUAUACUUUGCUGCUUUAUUGCCAGAUUAAAACAUGGCAUAAUCCAAAUGAACUAUAAUGGACAAUUAUGUUUACAUGCAUUCCUUUUUUCUGUAUAAAGGCAGAAUUUUGUUAAAGGAAUAGUUCACCCAAAAAUGUCAAUUUUCUCAUCAUUUAAUCACUCUCAUGCCAUCAUAAGCCCGCAUGACUUUGUUUCAUCUGUGGAAACAAAGAUUUUUCGAUGGAGAUAUGAUGUGAAUAUGUCCAUACAAUGCAAGUCAAUGGGUUCUUCUGAAGUGAUAUGAUCAUUUUCAGGUGAGAAUUUAUUUUUAUUUUUUUACUCUAAACAUUGACAUCUGCCGUCCCCUUGGCACGAUUACACUUUCUCGCGCUUAACACAUGUUAUAUUUUGGUUUGUUUCUCAUCCAAAACUCACUGAUCUCUUCAGAAGACAUGGAUUAAGCCUCUUGAGUUGUAUGGAUUAUCUUUAUGCCUUGAAAGCUUGAAAGUGUUGGAUGUAUUCGCAUUGCAUAUCCAUCAAAAUAUCUUUCUUUGCGUUCUGUAGAUGAAAGAAAGUCUACAUGUUUGAGAUUGCAUAUAGGUGAGUAAAUGAAUAGAAAAUGUCAUAUUCGGGUGGACUAUUCCUUUAGGAGAAUACUAUGGAUUUAGUGUGAUUUAUUUUCUACGUUGACUAAAGUUUGCCUAAAUUCAAAUGACUCUAUGGGGAUGCAAAUGUUCAUAAAGAACUUGAGUUUAGCCUCCAGUUAACAAAGUUUUGGUACAUUGUCAUGAUUUUGAAGCUUGACGUUUUAUAUUUUUCUUCCUUCAAAUUUAAUAUUUUGCAAGUUUGUGUUUAGUUUAAGUAGGUGUUAGCUCAUGUAACCAGUAUUGCAUUUUGUGAAACUGCAUUUCAGCCAGUAUGUU